GAGCGUGACCUCCUUGUCAUCACGGUACUGUUGUCAACUGUACAUACUGUGAGUGUCUACGACUUUCAGUAUGUAGUUUGUAAUAUGAAUUGCGCGAUAUUCUAUUAAGCCAGCUGCAGUCGAUUAACGUAAGAUUAAAAUGUCGGUAAAUCGCUGUAUUUACUUGUUGUCUCGCUCCCACAUCCGAUACCUGGUAUGUGCUCGCGCUGCCUCCUCAACUGCUGCAGUAGUAAAUGAUGCUUCCCUGCAUCCACCAAGAAAGAGACGCGAAAGCUUCGCUCCGCCGAUGAGACAUUCAUCUUCAAACAGUUCAUCGAGACCAUUGGACACAUCACUGUUUGUACCGCUCACCAUCAAAAGUGAUGAAGGCGGGGACGGGACAAUCGGCGCGGAGUUAACUCAACCGCUGGACAAAAGCGAACUUCUCAAAGUACUGAAUAAAUUCUACAAAAGGAAGGAAAUGCAAAAACUUGCUGCUGACCAAGGGCUUGAUGCUCGCCUCUUUCAUCAAGCCUUUGUCAGUUUUCGGAAAUAUGUGCUAGAAAUGAACUCACUAAGUGCUGACUUACACAUCAUUUUUAGUGAUGUCUGCUUUGGGGCUCGGCACAUAGAUGAUAUUUUCCCAUACUUUAUGAGACAUACCAAACAGAUUUUUCCUAUGUUGGAUUGUAUGGACGAUUUGCGCAAGAUCAGUGAUUUAAGGGUCCCAGCCAACUGGUAUCCCGAGGCAAGAACUAUUCAAAGAAAGAUAAUUUUUCACGCAGGACCGACAAACAGUGGCAAGACCUAUCAUGCCAUCCAGAGAUACCUAACAGCCAAAUCCGGAGUUUACUGUGGACCUCUAAAGUUGCUGGCCCAUGAAAUCCAUGAGAAGAGUAAUGAUGCAGGAGUGCCAUGUGAUCUGGUGACAGGAGAAGAAAGAAUAUUUGUUGAUGCAGAAGGAAGACAAUCUGGCCACAUUGCCUGUACAAUAGAGAUGUGCAGUGUUACGACUCCAUAUGAAGUGGCAGUCAUAGAUGAGAUACAGAUGAUCAGAGAUCCCUCCAGAGGGUGGGCUUGGACAAGAGCUCUUCUUGGUUUGUGUGCUGAGGAGAUUCAUGUGUGUGGAGAGACCGCAGCAGUUGAAUUUGUCACUGAACUCAUGUACACUACUGGUGAGGAAGUUGAGGUUCACAAUUAUAAGAGGCUGACCCCAUUUUCAAUCUCAAAUCAAGCUGUGGAAUCUUUAGAUAACCUAAAGGCUGGUGACUGCAUUGUGUGCUUCAGCAAAAAUGACAUCUACUCAAUCAGCAGGCAGAUAGAGAUCCGUGGCCUGGAGUGUGCCGUCAUUUAUGGCAGCCUUCCCCCUGGCACCAAGUUGGCUCAAGCUAAAAAGUUUAAUGAUGCAGAUGACCCCUGCAAAAUCCUUGUUGCCACAGAUGCAAUUGGAAUGGGUUUAAACCUGAGCAUUAGGAGAAUCAUCUUUAACUCUUUGGUAAAACCAAAUGUGAAUGAGAAGGGGGAGAAGGAGCUGGACACCAUCUCCACCUCACAGGCGCUGCAGAUAGCUGGGCGAGCAGGGCGUUUCAGCUCUGUGUUUAAAGAGGGUGAGGUCACUACUAUGCAAAGGGACGACUUGCCUGUUUUGAAGGAGAUCUUGGGGAAGCCUGUUGACCCCAUUGAGGCUGCAGGAUUGCACCCCACAGCAGAGCAGAUAGAGAUGUUUGCCUACCAUCUGCCCCAAGCAACUCUCUCAAAUCUCAUUGAUAUAUUUGUGAGUCUUUCACAAGUUGAUGGACUUUACUUUGUCUGCAACAUUGAUGAUUUCAAAUUCUUGGCGGAUAUGAUUCAGCAUAUUCCUCUGAAUCUGCGCUCCCGCUACGUUUUCUGUACUGCCCCCAUCAACAAGAAACAGCCCUUUGUGUGCACAUCUUUUCUCAAGUUUGCCAGACAGUUCAGCAGAGAUGAGCCUCUGACAUUUGACUGGGUCUGUCGACUUGUAAAUUGGCCCCUGGCCCCUCCCAAAAACAUCAAGGACCUUGUUCACCUGGAAGCUGUCCAUGAUGUGUUAGAUCUUUACCUUUGGCUCAGCUAUCGCUUCAUGGACAUGUUCCCAGAUGCUAACCUCAUCCGUGGGAUUCAAAAGGAACUGGACACAAUUAUCCAGAUUGGUGUGCGGAACAUCACACGGCUUAUCCGUGCCACCGAGAACCAAACCGGCUCCACUGAAACCAGUGCCUUCACAAGAAUUCCUAGUUCAGACUCGCCACCACUCAGGAGGGGAAGAGGAUCAAAGGUCCAGAAUCAAAGAGAAGAGCACAGGAUAUCGGACUCAUCACUGGGCUCGAGACUGGUGCGGGAUGGACUACUGACUGAAGAGCUCUUACAGCAACUGCAGAGAGAAUGGGUCAGAGAGCAAAGCCACACUGAAGACGACUCCAUUUCUGAAAGUAAAGUCAAAGGGAAAAGAAAGAAAAAGAAGUGAGCUAUCCUGUGUAAGACUGCAUUUUCUAUACUUGUAGAAGAUCCUGUUUACAAGAGAACACACCAUUGUAUCUGAACUGGAUUGUUUCUCCAUUCAUGGAGCACUUGACGUCUAUCUUGCUAUAGUACAUAAUUCAAAUAAUGUUAAAUAGGAGUGUUAAAAGAACCCUGUACCACCCACAUAUAUGUAUCAAAUAAAAUGAUUUAGAUAUGUUUAAUGGCUCUCUGUUGCCUAACGCCUUACAAAAAAAUAAAUAGUUUAGUCCUCUACAAGAUCAUUGCCAAAAUGUUAUUGUAAAAUGUGCUCAUCUUUGAAAGGGAUUAUUUAGGACACCCUCAGGUUCCUAUGAACUUAUAAACGUAAUACCCCAUUUGACCUAGUUGUCUUGUCACUCCAUUGACACCUGCCAUUGAAAAUCAAUAAUUUGUAUUUACUCUCUUCUAUUUUUAGCAUGCUUAUGCAAUCUGAUGUUAUUUUAGGAUCUCUGCUUGACCAAUGAAUUACUACAGCUAAUGCAUGGAACGAUUUCAUCUUGGUACACAUUGCGUAAUCAGCCUUUAACAUUCAAGGUUAAUGUUAGGGUCAGUUUAAAAAAAAAUCAAUGCAAAUCAGAACCAUUCAGUAUAUUGGAGUUUUACUAUAAAGAAACCCUAAAAUGAAACUUCUGUCAUAAUCUAAUCUCCAUCAUGUCAUUCCAAUUCUGUAUACUUACAGAAUAUUCAUAUCUACUCUGGCUUGCUUUCUUAUGUGGAACACAAAAGAAUAUCACAUUAAAGGACUAUUCCGUGUUAAAUACAUGUUGAGGUCAAUCGACAGCAUUUGUAGCACAAUGUUGAUUACCACAAUUUAUUUAAAAUGUAUUUAAAAAAGCAAAAUCGAAGUUACAGUGAGGCACUUGAAAUAGAAAUGAAUUGGGCCAAAUUUUGAAGUGUUUAAAGGCAGAAAUGUGAAACUUAUAAUUUUAUAAAAGCACUUGAAUUAAUUAUUCUGUUAAAACUCAUGAAUUAUUUGAGCUGUAAAGAUGUUUAAUUAUUUGUUCUUUUUUUUUUACAGUCAUUUUAGGGUUUGUUGACAUUACAUCGUCAUGGUACGAAGCUGUAAAAUUGGCUAUAACUUUAAACAGAAAGGGUUAGUAAGUGAUUUUAUUACAAUAAAUGUCAUGUUAGCUGGUGUGUGGUGAGUGUACUGGUGCACUAUGUCUGCCGUCACAUCAUCCAGGUGGAAGCUACACACUGGUGGUGGUUGAGGAGGGUUCACUGUGUAAAGCGCUUUGAGUGUCAGAAAAGCACUAUAUUAAUGUCAUGUUCAUUCACUUGUUCUUGUUAACACACAUCAUUUAUGUGUUGUGGCUAUACUUUUGAAACUGUUUUAACAUUUACAGAUUUUUUAUAACUAUUUUUAUAUAUAUAUAUAUAUUUUAUAAAGAAAAGGAGGGGUAAGUCUAAAUUAUUUUUUGUGAUAAUAUUAUGCCACAAAUGCUGUCAGUUAAGUUGUACUGAACCCCGAAUGUUCUUUUAAAACAUUUCCUAGAGAUUAAUUUUAAAGUUCGAAAAAGGAACUCAAAGUAUUAUUAAAGUAGUACAUGCAACUUCUCCUGCAUAUUUCAAGUCUUGUGAAGACAUACAGCAGGUUUUGAUGAGAAACAACCAGAAAUUCAAGUCAUUUUUCAGGGACAAUUUUGAUGUCUGUUGCACAUUUAUGAGUGCUCUGAGGGAAGCUAAUUCACAGGGGCUAGCAUUGUUUUUAUCAAUAAAUUGGUCAUGUAAAUUGGUAUGUAUGAUGUUGAGUCCCUUUUUUUUUCCUGAUGAAUAUGAUAGCAAAGAAGUGAAACAGUGCAGUGAGAUAAAGAAUUGGUCGGUCAACCUUGCCCACAGUGUUUGCUAAAGGCCCCUUUUUAAUCCCUUUCUGUAACUAUAGUAACUGUAUUAGCUCCACUC